AUGUCGGUCAAAACAAGCCCCGUCUUUUUAGAGCUCGAAGAGAAGAUCGCAAAGGGAAACGACAAAACCUUCUGUGGCCAACAACUGAAGCUGCAGGAGCCAAAGAUGGAAAGAGACCAGAUUCAAGUCUGCAGACAUGAGAGCGGGGCCAGCGCUCAAGUUGGUCAGACCGGGCUGAAAGAGGAGUUCCACUUGGCUUACAAGUGUGAAGUCGAUCCGUCUACACCUGAAGCCCUGGAUUUUGAAAAACCAGCAGAGAAGCCGGAGAGUGUGAAAAGUGUGGAAAGUGUAGAAAGUGUGGAAAGUCUGGAAAGUGCAGAGAGCGCUGUGUGUGACAGCGGAGAACCUCGGUCCCCUUCGUCCCCUCUGCAGAGCACUGCCCUGCUCGAGCACCGCACUGUCCCCUGGGACCAACACAAAGAGGUGUUUUACGACACGGCAGAAGGACCAUCAAAGAGCUCCAUUUGGGAGUGGAUCAGAAACAUCUUCAACUAUUAA